GUUUGCGCCCCCCACAUUGUCGCUUGGGGCGCAUACCAUCGGGUGACAUGGCGGACAGGGCGGAGGGGCCAUUCGAGGAGGACACGGCCUGCCCAAGGGACCAUGUUGUGUGGACUUGGGUGACUUCCGGGCGGAUGCUGCCAGGCAAUUCUCGCGGGGCGAGAAGACUGCGUUGCAAGCUCUGCAACAAGGAGUACAAAGGGAACCGGCAGCGUGCAGCAGAGCACUUCAUCCUGGCGAGGGCGUCGGCCAGAUGUCCAGGUGUGAACCUCUCCAUUUGGAAGGGGCUGCAUCGCAUCGGUGCGAAGCUUCCACCGGAUCUGCUAGAGAGGGUGCGGAUGGCGUUGGAGCACGAAAGGGACGACGACGACGACGACAUUCCUAACGCGUCAGGUGCUGGAGAGGAGGGGGGAGGUGGGAUUGCUGAUCAGCUAGAGGAAGCAUGUGGUGCGGAGGGUGAGGAGGGAUUGGAUGAGGGGACGAGGGGAGUUGUGACUGGAGGAUCCGCCGGUGGAGGGAGGCCUGCGUCCUCGCAGGCUGUGAUGCAGGGGGCCCAUGCACGGAGAACGGGGAGGCAGACGAGCAUCAAGAGGUAUGUGAAGAACCCAAGGCAGGAGGAGAUAGAUGACUCCUGCUGCGAGUUCUUCGUGGAGAACGCGAUCCCGUUCAACGCGGCGAAGAGCAGGAGCUUCAAGAAGUUCACACGAGCGUGUUAUGGGCCACAGCAUGCAACGAACCAUCCUCUUGUGCCUACUGGGUACAACCCCCUCAGGUGUCGGCUCCUGGAUCGCCUGAACAAGAGGUUGGAGGAAGAGGAGCAAGUGAUCCGGGACGACUGGGAGGCCGGUCGAAGCCUGUUUUCAUCAAGUGCGAGGAUGUCAGUGAGGGGGAACAAGGACUCCGCAGCUGUCGUGGCUGGAUGGAAGCGGUUCUUCAGGGAGGUGGGGGUGGAAAAGAUCACGACCAUCUGCACGGACUCUUUUGCGGGCAACACGAGUGCUGCCAAGAUGUUGAGGGAGGACCCCGAGUUCAGCCAGAUCUAUUGGCUGCCUUGCACCGCUCACUGCAUGGACCUCCUCCUGCACAACAUUUGCAAGAAGGAGCGGGCGGCUGAGAUCAUCAGCAAGGCGAACAGAGUGGUGAACUUCUUCCGGGUUCACAGGUGGCCCAUAUCGGCAUUGAGAACUGCACUUGUCAAGUUCCCGGACUUGAAAUGCAGCUGUCUCCUCCGACCGGCGCAGACGAGAUUUGGGAUGCACUACGUGAUGCUGCAGCGGUUGGAGGUCUGCGAGAAGGCGAUCAGACGCAUUGUCACUGGGCAGGAGUGGGAGGUGCAGGUCUGGCGAGGGGACAUCAGGGCCAAGGCCUUCUUCGUGGAGGAAACAGUUCUCGACAGGGUCUUCUGGACCGAUGUCAGGAAGUUGGCUGCCGUCAUGAAGAAGCCCUAUAAUGUGUUGCGAGAGGUGGACAAAGAUGUCCACUGCUUGUCACGCAUCUACGAUAUGGCGUGUCGGCUGCCCGGCUUCGUUCGAUCGGCCCCCAUCAGUGCAGAGCAGCGAGAGGACAUCCUCAGGGACACAGGGAACAGGACGGAUAUGUUGCUCAGCCCCAUCCACGCUGUGGCUCGGCUCUUGGAUCCUCAGUUGAGGGACAUUACUGUUUUCAGUAAUGUCGACCUCAUGACACAGUUUGAGAGUGUGGUCGAGAGGCUCAUCGGGAAAAAGGGGAGUACGAGGUUCGAUGAUUGCAUGGACCAACUUUACGACUUCCAGUUCGGGCGAGGAGUCCUCGGCACCCCUCAAGCAAAGAAACGGGCUGCGAAGGACAUUGCGGUGUUGUGGUGGGAGGCGCAUGGGGCGGGGCAUCUAGAGAUUCGUGAGCUGGCCACCGGAGUGUUGUCGAUAUGGACGACUUCCUCUCCUGCUGAGAGGAACUGGAGCACUUGGGCUCUCGUGCAGAUGAAGUGCAGGAACAAGCUGCACCACCAGCGCACCAACAAGUUGGUGUACUCGCACUGGAGCUUAAGGCUGAAGAGCAGGGGGGAAGACGGGCCCACGAUAGCAGGAGGGUGGCUGGGGCUCUCAGCUGACUGGGAGGACGAGGACCUGGAGGGUGACAUGGCGAAUGUCACCGAGGCCGUUGACGACCACGAGCCUGCUAUCGGGGGCGCCGGUUCCGCGGUGGGCAGCACCACUGUUCGCCACGAUCGAGCCGGCCCAUCGACAUCGAGGUCCGUGCAGAGAUUGGGGCAUGCAGAGGAGGUCGACGAGGAGGAGGACGAGGGCGAGGACGUCGAGGAUGAGGACGAGGAGGAGGAGGAGGAGGAGGAGGAGCACAUUCCAGACAGUGACAGACUGUGAGUGUGAGUGUGUGAGUGUGUNUGAGUGUCUGAGUGUGCGACAGAGU